AGAAAUUGGCCCAGAGAAGUUUUGUGCUCAGUGAGUGCGUGACCUAACAUUACAACGGGGACUGCCCGACUGGGGAAGACCGAAGACGGGAGAACGCCGCAGGCCGCAGACGCAGAGUCGCAGUCUCGCAGAACGCCAUCGCCCGCCGGUGAGACCGCAUUCCAUCUCUUUCAACUUGCAGAAAUCUGGACGCUGGACGCCUGGACGCCUGGACUGGUGGACGGCCUUGCUCUGUUGGUCAUCGCACUCUCUGUAGCGUACGUUCGAAUCUGAGGAUUUCAGCCGCAGGAGUUUUAACCACACUUGAUUUGGUGUUUUCAUAUAUUCUUGAUUUUACAAGUCACAUGUGCCGGUUUUAGUUUCAUAGGUAAAGGAAGAAACUCGAACUGUGGUGAUGAGGUUCUAGGAGAAGAUACAAGAUAGGUAACCAGUGCGGAUGGCCGUGGAAAAUUUAUGCAUGGGAUGUUGAGAUUAAGAUAAGACGAUCAUGAUGGAUAAUGGCAAUGCUGCAAUCCCUCUCUUUAUUGGUGCGGUGACGAUUGUUUUGAUUAGGGUUCUUUUUGUCAUUUACCAAAGCAGCAAGCCACGUCAACCCAGACCAUCACGGCCCCUGAAGACACUCAUUGUGUUGGGUUCAGGUGGUCACACGGCAGAAAUGAUGAACUUGUUGUCUGCACUUCAAGAUGACAGGUUUAAGCCAAGGUUCUACGUUGCUGCUGCAACUGAUAAUAUGAGUCUCCAAAAGGCCCAAGGUUUUGAGGACUCUUUACUUAACAAGGAAGGGACUGAGGUGGCUGGAACAGCGCACUUCAUGCAAAUAUAUAGAAGCCGAGAGGUUGGCCAGUCAUACAUUACAUCUGUUGGUACAACAUUAAUUGCUAUAGCUCAUGGGUUGUGGUUAUUGAUCAAAAUCAGACCUGAAGUGAUUCUCUGUAAUGGCCCUGGAACAUGUAUCCCACUUUGUGUAAUUGCAUUUUUUUUCAAGGUGCUUGGAAUCAGUUGGUCAUCCGUAUUCUAUGUUGAAAGCAUCGCAAGAGUGAGAAGGUUAUCUUUGAGUGGUUUGCUCCUUUACAAACUAUGUAUGGCAGAUCAAUUAUUUGUUCAAUGGCCUUACUUAAAAAGCAAAUAUCCUCGAGCUCAAUAUGUGGGCCGUCUUAUGUGAUUCUGGUUGCUAGAGGAUCUUCUUUACGUAGUACUUUGCAAGUCAUUUUAUACAUUAAUAUUGUGUUAUCAUAAAAGAUGGGGUUUUAUCCAUAAAAGGCGGGUUAUUAUCCCAAAAAAUCCUAACGGUUUCCCAAAUUCACGGGUAAGUGAGAUUCCUGAAAUGUAAUUAUGCCAUGUAAUUGUGCUAUGCUAUUUAGAUGUAUUAUCCAAAUUGUUUGGGUAUGAACUAUGAACUAAAUGUGUCAACCAAAUUGUUUGGGUAUGAAUAGUACACCAUAAUUGUAUCUGUAUCAAACUAUUUUAAGC